GAUACAGGCACAAGAUUCAUGUAUUUUAGGCUGUGCGGAUACAAGUAGCGAGUAUUCCAACCUUGCUUAUUACAUUUUUAUUGUCUAAAACCAUGUUUUAGUUUUCUACAAAUAUUAGCGCGAAACCAGUACACGCUGUCCCCAUUAUAUAUGACGUCCGCACUUUAUUGCCAUAUGAAAGCGGUUUGUAGCGACACUCCUUCAGGGUCAAAUAAAAUUAGUAUCUUAGUAGUUUGUGAAUAAAAUUUUGUCAAAAAUAUUGGCGUUGGCGAUCCAUUGACGUAAGACUGACAUUUUAGUAAUCCGCGCUUUCUUAGGGGUUUUCUUUGAUCAAAUAAGUGUUAUGAUAUGAACCGUAGUGUUUUAUUACAAUUCAAAUAUUUUCUAUUUAAGCAUAGAAUUAAGCUUUGAAUAUGACAUUCAAAGGAUUUGUAACCAAGUGCUCGAGGGCCUGUGUAGCUUUCUUCGGGGGUUUCAUGUUGGGGCAGCUGUACUACAACUUUAUGCUGAAAGACUUGAUGUCUUACGAGAUGGGACGAGUGGUAUCUAUAGUUCUAAGCGUAUCCAUUGGCUUAUUAAAUGUAGCUGCGAUUCAAAUACGAUGUAUUUCGCUCCUGACUAUCCCUAUGUACCUCGGCAAGGACGGCCGCCGCGUGCUGAAGGGACUGAUACUGACUUAUGUUGUUGCUGGGCCCAUAAUGAACAUGAGCUUGAACGCUCGCGAGGUGGUGAGGGUGUUCGCGUGUAGCAACGAAUUGACACACAACCUCUCCGGUGUGCGCGACGCUCUGAUCGCGCGUCCGUUGCAGCAAACAGUAGAGGGGAUGGAAGACGAGAUCAGAGAGGCUGCGGAGAUUAUGAAUAGCUUCCAAGAAGUGACUGCGCCAAUAGAGAGCGAGAUAGAACUAGCCGACGAGCUACCACAAAGUGCUGACCUGACGCGCACAGCCGACGAUCUAAUCCAAGGAAUCCGCUCCAACCACAUCGAGGGCAAAUACCAAAUUUUACUAACAGACCAACCAACCGAGGUGUACCAGAAGGAAUAUAUGAAGAAAACGGAAUACCGCUGCAACAAUGUGUUGUCGGCCGCUGUGGUGCGCAACGACUGGCAGAUGUUCCAGACGUGGCAGGCGUGCUCGGACGAGCUGCCGUGGCACGUCGCGGCCGUGUUCUGCGCGCCGCUGAUGACGCGGGAGGCACGUGACGUUCCCGGCGCGCUGGGGACUGGCGUUUGUGACAGUAGAAUGCAGAUAUCUUCAGGGUUGGGUGUGGGUUACGCAGCCCUUAAAGAAGCAAAGGCCGAAUUAAUGAAAGGCCCCGACGAAAUUGCCAUAACAUACCAAGAACCAAAUGAAUACGACGGUUAUGCCGGUGUCCAGGCUGCAAAAGAAACCGGAGACAGAGUAAAACAAGCCUUCGAAGAAAAGUUCUCAGUGAUCCAGCACGCUCUCACCGUAGUAAACGUGUGCCAAGCCAUACUCUUCCUGCGCAUAGCUGCAGCAGGACAGGCUUACCACGAUCUGUUCCUCACGAACAUCGACUUUGAUAACGUGUACAUCACUGAUUUGUUUAAAAAGAUCGAAAGGCGAAGACUCAUGAAGAAUCAGUACACGCUCUUGCCUUUGAAAAAGAUGGAGCGCAGCCGCUACAUAGAUAUAUACUCCUUGGCCUAUUCUACAGCAGACCGCCAUCGUUUGCUGGCGCAGAUGCUCAAAGUAUUGCUAGAGGUGGUGACGGCUACAACAUUUGUGAUGUUGGACCGGCUGUUCUACGAAGCGUUGGAUGUGGUGAGCCAGCACGCUAGAGUGGAAAGCGAGUCUGGCACCAGGGAUUUGGAGAUUGAGGUAGAAGGUACAGGAAUCGUAGCCAACACAAUCCGCGCAAUGAUCUCCCAUCUCCGUGAGAAUCACGUGCAGGGCUCAGCUACCAACACGUGCUUGCCUCACCCCCGCAUAAUGCCAGCCAUCUUCUACUUGAGGAUUUAUGGAGGAUAUGUCUGGGUGCUGCUGCUGCUCUGCAUUAAUCCUUACACAUCGCGAUUGAGAAGGUUGAUCUGCAGCUACUUCUACCCACGGCGAGAAAAACAGCGUGUCUUGCAUCUAUACAAUGACAUUCUGAAGAAGCGUGUUAAAUUGGACGCCACUCUUCGAAGAAAGGCUGUCCAGUCAGUCCGUGCCCACUACCUCUCCGGCGAGAGUAUCUUGCUCCGCUUCCCGAAUAUUUUGGGCUGGCUGCGGAUGUUACCAGCGGCCAGGAUGGCCUGCCUGAUCUGCGGGGAGAUAGAACCCAGGAAUGCCAAAAGCGGGUGGAAGUCCUGUGACAUGCCGAAGUGUCCGUUCCUGUACUGUGCGGAGUGCUGGCUCGAGGUCCGCGGGCGCUGCCUAGCGUGUGAUCCUAAUCUCGCCGAACUGAGUGACCAGGACUCGCUCAGCGAUGAUGAGUUACCCGUAUUCUGAGGGAUUGAUGGAAGUAUGUAUACCGUCACAAAGAGUUGACGGCUUCUUAGCCAGGAUUUGCUCAAAUAACUGCCUGUAUUGAUCGUUAAUGGUCUUCUAGAAGAUUUUUUACGUAUUGAGUUUCAGUAGCUUUAGAUAGAGGUACCUUACGUUUAUUUCUCUGUAAUUCUACUGUUUUACAUUAAGUAUUAAAAUACAUGUACA